AUGCCAAGAACCUUUCUGAUGUCCCUCCUGUUUGCAACCCUGCUUCUUGAUUUAGCCGUGGCAACCAAUUACGUGGUUGGAGGUCUAAACGGUGGUUGGGACACGAACACUGAUCAGGCUACUUGGGCAUCAUCUCAGACGUUCUUAGUAGGAGACAACCUGAUUUUUCAAUACUCACCCGGCCAUGACGUAUCCGAAGUUACCAAGGCAGACUAUGACUCCUGCCAAGCGACUAGUGCUAUCCAAACUUACACGAGUGGAUCCACAGUCAUCCCUCUUACAUCUCCUGGGAAAAGAUACUUCAUUUGCAGUUCACCUGGACAUUGUGCUGCUGGAAUGAAGCUCCAAAUUAACACGCUGACGGCUUCCUCGGCUCCAUCUCAAUCUCCUGCCACUUUGCCUCCUCUAGGACCUGUCUCAACCCCAUCACCUGCUACAGGGGCCGAUCCAGUUUUGCCUUCAGCUCCAGAAGCAUCUUCACCGGUCGAUCCUUUGUCUUUGGCUCCAGAGGCAUCUUCGCCGGUCGAUCCUUUGCCUUCGGCUCCAGAAGCAUCUUCGCCGUUGAUGACCCCUACAUCAAAAUCAACUCCUGCAGUGUCACCCGGGGUUUUGAUCACUCCCCCGAGCCUGGCUUCAGCAGAAUCGACAACCUCGUCGGCUAAAAAGGGCGGUUUUCCCACCACUCUAGCUGUGGUAUUGAGCUUUCUCAGCGUGUUACUUAUUGCCCAGAAGGCAUCUUAA